UUCAGUAAAGGAUCUUUGUGGUCGGAGACUUCUCGUAAAAAAAUCACCAGACAUUAGGUCUUGUAUCGUGUUCUCUGUCUGGGAAUGAACAGAGGCUCAUCACUCAUUUCUCCAAGCGUUGAUCGGUUGACUAAAGGGAAGCCUAUGGAUCUGAUCUGGAAAUCUCUUCUUAAACGGCAAGGCGUUUCCCGUAUCGAGUGUGCAGAAAUGCUCUGUUCCUAUCAAGCCAGAUAGGAAACAUCCCACCGGCUCCCAUGAACACUCAACGAGUUUCUUCAUCUUCCUCUUCUCCUCCAGUACGGAAAUACGACGUUUUCCUCAGUUUCCAUGGCAAGGACACCCGCCUGGGUUUUACGGGCCAUCUAUAUGAUGCUUUGAGACAGAAAGGCAUUAUCGCUUUUAGGGACGACGAAAAACUCGAGCGAGGAGAGUUUGUAAGUUCAGGGCUUUUGAAAGCAAUAGAAGAAUCCGAGUAUGCAGUUAUCAUUCUCUCACCAAAUUUUGCUUCUUCGAGGUGGUGCUUGAUUGAACUUGCCAAGAUCGUUCGAUGUCGUAAAGAUAUGGGGCUGGUAGUUAUGCCCGUUUUCUAUCAUGUGGAUCCCUCUCACGUACGGCACCAGUCUGGUACAUUCGCAGAAGCCCUUGCUAAACAUGAACAAAAUUCCAAGAUUGUCAAAGAGGAUGUGCAAACGUGGAGAGCUGCUUUGCGAGAAUUGGGUGAAAUCAGCGGAUGGCAUAUAAAAUUACAGGAAGGGCAUGAACCAAUGUUUAUCAAACACAUUGUUGCAAGGAUAUAUAGGAAACGGAAAAUUCAACGCCAAAGUAUUUUUUCCCAUGGCAUUGUUGGAAUAAAGUUCCGAGAAACGGAAACGAUGAAAUUACUUGACAUAGGGUUAGAUGAUGUUCGUUUUAUAGGGUUUUAUGGGAUAGAUGGAGUAGGUAAGACGACUUUGGCAGAGAUUAUUUAUGAUAGAAUUGCUGAUCAAUUUGAAGCUAGCAGCUUUAUUUACCGUGUCAGUGAAGAAACUCAAAGACAUGGUGUAGUUUAUUUACAAAGAAAAAUCCUUUCUGACAUUCUCAUGGAAAGAGAAAUUAUAAAUGGGUUGGAUGAUCGUAAGGUAUACAACGAGAUAAGGGAUAGAUUGCGUAGCAUAAGGGUGCUUAUUAUUCUUGAUGAUGUGAAUGAAAACAAGCAACUGGAAUCCUUAGCCGGUAGUCCUGAAUGGUUUGGAAGAGGGAGUAGAGUUAUUGUAACGAGUAAAGAUAAACAAGUGUUGAAUAGCCAUGGAGUGCGUAUUAUAUAUACAGUUAAGGAGCUUGGUGAUGAUGAAGCUCUGCAACUCUUUUGUCAGAACGCCUUCAAGGAACCCCAUCCUGUAGAUAAUUAUGUGGAUCUAUCCAAAGACUUUGUGAAUUAUGCUAAAGGUCUUCCUGGAACUCUUAAAGUUCUGGGUACCUUCUUGUAUGAUAAAGGAAUAGAUGAAUGGAAACAGGUCAGAGAUCAACUAAAAGAAAAUCCAGAUAGAGAUAUUUUGGAGAUGCAUGGCUUGCUACGAAAAAUGCAUCAAGAAAGGAUUCUUCAUGAAUCUAAUGAAGAGCCUGACCAAGAAAGUAGGAUAUGGGUUUUUGAGGAUGUGCUCCUUGGACUGAAAAAUAAUACUGGAGCAGCAGACGUUAGACGCAUAGUCCUCGACAUACCUCCACAACAAGAGGAGCACUUGCGUUUUGUUUGGAUAGGCAUUAUUAAGGAGAAUGUUUUCUUUGCCCCUGUUUUAGAAACACCAGACUUGAGGGUCAUUGUACAAAAAGUAUUUAGUCACAAGGGCGAUCUUGAUCAAGUGCCUGAGUUUCAAAGUGACGAGUAUGCAAUCAAACAGCUGAGGCAAUUGCUGCGUCAAAUUGGAGGUCCUAUAUCGUUGAUACUGGAUGAUGAUGUCUUGUCUGGAUCAGAAUCCCUUCUCGAGAAGUUUGAGCUCCGUAUGCCAAAUUGCAAUAUUCUGGCUACUUCAGGAAGUAAAGCUCCAAGAUAUAGCUUUAUCUAUAAUUUAAAAUCAUUAAAUGAUGAAGGUGCCAUGACUCUUUGUUGUCACUCAGCAACUCCACAAGAUGGGAGCUCUUUAUCUCCAGAUGAGAAGAUUGUCAAAAAGGAUUGGCCUGCUUGGCUGUGCGAGAGUAUACACCUAAAGAAACUGAGCAUCGACAAUUGUCAUAAGCUGUCUGUACUGCCUGAAGAGAUUGGAAAUCUGAAUAAUUUGGAAGAGCUAAGGCUAAUGUCAUGUACCGUUUUGUCCAAAUUGCCAGAUACAAUAGGAUUGCUCCAUCGGUUACAUAUUCUUGACAUAUCUCAUUGCCCUGCUUUGUUGAAUUUGCCAGACACAAUCGGAAUGCUUCAAGGGCUACACACUCUUCGUAUAUCUCAUUGCGCCAUUUUUUCGAGUUUACCAGAUACAGUAGGAAUGCUUUCUGGGUUACAUUUUCUUGAAAUAUCAUACUGUACCAGUUUGUCUAAUUUGCCAGUAACGAUCGGAGAGCUUCGUGAGUUGCAGAUCCUUCAUAUGUCUUAUUGCUCCGCUUUGAAAAGUUUGCCGGACACAGUAGGAAUGCUCCUUGGGUUAAGGAUUCUUUGCAUAUCUUGCUGCUCCGUUUUCUCAAAUUUGCCAGAGACAAUCGGAAGGCUUCAUAAUUUACAGAUUCUAGGCAUAUCGAGCUGCCCCACUUUGUCGGAUUUGCCAGAGACAAUUGGAAUGCUUCAGGGGUUACGGAUCCUAGGCAUAUCGGGCUGCCCCUCUAUGUCGGCUUUGCCAGAUACAAUCGGAAUGCUUCAGGGGUUAUCGAUUCUCGGGGUAUCUCACUGCUCCGCCUUGUCAAAUUUGCCAGUGACAAUCGGAAUGCUCAGUGGGUUGCGGAUCCUUGGCAUAUCUCACUGUCCUGCUUUGUCGGAUUUGCCAGAGACAAUCGGAAGGCUCCAUGGUUUAUCUAUUAUCGGCGUAUCUCACUGCUCGGCCUUGUUGAAUUUACCAGUGACAAUCGGAAAUCUCAUCGGGUUACGGAUCCUUGGCAUAUCUCACUGCCUUGCCUUGUCGAAUUUGCCAGAGACAAUCGGAAUGCUCAGUGGGUUGCGGAUUCUUAGCGUAUCUCACUGCCCUGCGUUUUCAAAUUUUCCAGGGACAAUUCGAAGGCUCCGUGGUUUACAGAUUCUCGACAUAUCUUACUGCCCCGUUUUGUCAAAUUUGCCAGAAACAAUAGGAAUGCUCCAUGAGUUGCGAAUUUUGGACAUGUCCCACUGACGAAGCAUUAGCGAGUAAGUUGCCAUUACACAUUGGCUGGUAAGCGGAGAAGUGUUUUUUUUUGGGGUCAAAUUUACGUGAGAAGUUGCCAGAGAGAGUGUGAUCGAUUGCCACCAUCAAUUAUUGAACUUUCAACAUUUGUUGUAAUUUAUCUGUUUCUUUCAUUUGGAUUCGGAGGCGAGGCAAACCCCUCCUGUAGGAUUCAAAUAAUUCAAACAUAGAUUCCAUACCCGAA